UGCUGGAAUUCCUUUGCACUCAGUCACCCAGUCACUUGUCCUCUCUCCCUUUCACUUUGUACACACCCCCAGCAGGUGCUUUCACUUGAGGUUUAGUUUGCUGUUGUGCUUUAGGCUGUGUCUUUUAGGUUCAGUGAAACUGUGCCAAAGAAAAGCUUACGAGGGGGAUCCCAGGCCUCAGCCUGGGGCUCAGCAUCAGUCGUCAAGGGAAAACAGACUGUGGACUGCCUGCUUCACCUUCAUUCAUAGGCAAAGAACUGCAUCUGCAUUGAAGCUUUCUUCCUUCAGAGCAUCUUUGCAGAGAUGUCGAAUCCAGUGAGCAGCUUACCAGAGAGCUCUGACUUUAUGUCCCGGAUUGGGAUGACAGAGGAUUCACUCGUCUUCCGCGAGCGAAACAGAUGCUCUGAAGACCCCUGGGACACAGUUGACAUCAAACCCAACAUAGAAGCUCUGGAGCGUGGAACAGGCCUCUAUCUCUCCUGCUAUGACAUGCUCCUCACUGAAGAUGCCACCUGGGUGGUGAAAGUUUCAGAGGGGUCCACUGCACUAGCCGUACCCAUGAAUCGCAUGGAGAGCCGAGAGGAGCCAGAGCAGUGCCCUGUCAUUGAUAGCCAGGAGCACGGACUCUCCCCUGGGCUUGAGGGUCAAAUGGAGGAUCGUUCUCUGGAGCAGGUGCAGAGCAUGGUCGUAGGAGAGGUGCUGAAGGACAUUGAAACAGCCUGCAAACUGCUCAACAUCACCCCAGACCCUACAGAGUGGAACACGGGGAAUGUCCAAAAGUGGAUGCUGUGGACUGAACACCUGUACAGGUUGCCCCAUGCAGGAAAGGCCUUCCAGGAGCUGACAGGGAAGGAUCUGUGUGCCAUGAGCGAAGAGGAGUUUCGGCAGCGCUCCCCACUGUGUGGAGAUACGCUGUACGCUCACCUGGAUAUAUGGAAGUCAGCUGCCUGGAUGAAAGAGAGGUGCUCAGCUGCAGAUACCAAAGCUACAGGCUGUGAGGAGCUUUGGUCCGAGGCAGAUUCAUCCUGUUCGGGUCAACCGAUUCAUCUGUGGCAGUUCCUCCGAGAGCUGCUGCUCAAACCUUACAACUAUGGUCGCUGCAUUCGCUGGCUCAAUAAAGAAAAAGGUAUUUUUAAAAUUGAAGACUCGGCUCAUGUGGCGCGACUGUGGGGACUCAGGAAGAACCGACCUGCUAUGAAUUAUGACAAGCUGAGCCGCUCCAUUCGGCAGUACUACAAAAAGGGAAUCAUCCGCAAGCCUGACGUGUCUCAGAGACUGGUCUACCAGUUUGUUCACCCAGUAUGAAGCUUCAGGAGACUGGGAUGAUGAAAAGGAGACUUAUGACAAGAAAACCGAACUAUAUCUAACAAUGCACUUGAACAAUUAAACCCAAGAUGAAAAGUGACUUUGGACACAUGCACUGAUAAAUGUGCCUUCCUCUGCAGAAGCAAUGAGGAUGAGAGAAAAUAAUGCAUCUGAUGCUUUUUUUUUUCCUGCUGCAGAAUCACGCAAACACAGAUUACAAUAAACAAACUGCCUUGUUGUUUGCAUGAUCUGCCUGGUGAUGGUUCCAUGAUUAAAUUCAGAUGUCACAGCGCCACACCUUUGCUUUAACAAACAAGCUUCAUGCAGUCGCCCCUUUCCUAUGUUUGUUAUGACUUCUGUUUCAGUCAUCCACACUGCCACCAGGUAAUCUUGUUUUGUUGGAUCUGUUAAGCCACAGCGGGUUUCUAUAUCUCAUCUGGGAACUACAGGAAAGGACACUUGAGCAGUUUUCAUGAAUUUGGAUGCACAAGUGCAAUUCUUAAAACUUUCUGUGAUGCAGAUGAUAAGGCCAAUUUUGUUUUUGUCUUUCUCCCUGAUAAGAGUGACAUUUUCUCAAACAGCCCUGCUGAGGCGCUUCAUGGUUUAGCUUGUCAGCUGUGGUUUAUAUAGCUUUAUAUAGAUUGCAUUUUAGGUUGCUGAUGUUUGAGGCACAGCAUGCCGAAAACCAAUUUUUCACAAUUCACUGUCUCGUUGCUAACAUGAAAACAGCAUAAUGCAACUAUAACCGAUGUUAAAUGAAGUGGGUAGUAACCAUGACGUCAAGUGGAGUGGCUUGCAUCUUUGAAAAUAAGAUGUCCACAUUUUCCUAUAUUAUUGCCACAAAUGUUAGUGUAUUUUAUUAGGAUGAUUUUAUAUAACAGAACUCAAAGUAAAUGUGGAGUGAAAGGAAACAUUGUCUAAAUGUUUACAAAUAAAAUUCUGAAAAGUGCGGUGUGCAUUUGUAUCCCUCCCUGCUGAGUCCAUGCUGUGAUCGACCACCUCUCUGUGCAAUCAGUUGCAAACCUUGGAACGUACACCUCUACCAACUUUGAACAUGAAAAUCUAGCCCGUUUCUUUCCAGAAUAUGCCAAGCACAGUCAGAUUAAAUGAAAAGCUUACGUACAUUUGUUUAGAUCUGGAACUUCAUUAUGACAUUCUUUCAUAUGAAUAUGCCUUGAUAUAAACAAUUUUCUUGUAGCCCUGAUUGUAAGUUUACACUUGCGGUCCAUUAGAUGGACAUAAAAACGGAAAAGAAAGGGGAAAACA